AUGGAGCUGAUCGAUCUGGAACACAACUAUUUCUUGGCACACUUUGAGCUACAGAGGGAUUACGACAUUGCAAGAUGUGAGGGGUCUUGGGUAAUCCAAGAUCACUAUCUGGUUGUUCAGCAGUGGAAGCCAAACUUCAGGCCUCAGACGAACAAAACACAGAAGAUUUGCGUGUGGGUUCGACUUCCUGACAUCCCAAUCGAAUAUUUUGAUGAGGAAACUCUGAUUAAGCUAGGUGACAAGAUCGGAAAAACCAUCAAGAUUGAUGAUACAACUUGUCUUGCUUCACGAGGGAAGUUCGCUCGUAUCUGUUUAGAAAUCGACAUAAUCAAACAGCUACUGGCCAAGUUCACAAUCGAUGAUGAGGAAUAUCCAGUGGAAUACGAGGGCAUCCACCUCAUCUGCUUCAAAUGCGGCAAGUAUGGUCACAAGCUUGAUUCUUGCGGCCAAGAAUUGCAACCGCAAACUGAUCCUAGCUCUGAGUCUAUGGAGGAUGAUGCAUCCAAAGACAAGGCACGUGACCCUUCUCAGGAACCAGUGGAGAGGUACCAGAAGGACACAUCUAAAACCCAUCUCAAGGAUAGAUUUGGUCAAUGGAUGCUUGUGACAAGGAAGGAUCGGCGGCCACCUAAGAGAGGCGGGAAUCGUGGUACUACCCAGAAACAGAACAUGAUGGAGAGGAACCAAGGCCUAAGCACAUCAAGCGGCCCUAAUCUCCAGAAGUUUAACACCAGAUUUGGCCCUUUGAAUAACCUAAAUGAGGACAACCAGGAAGAUGAAGAGAUUGAAGAAGUCAACACCAUCCAGAGGAAUCCGGGUAAAGCACCUAUGGUAAUCCCGCCGUCUAAUGGGCAGGCUAAAACCCGCCCUCCAUCUGUUCAUCAACGAUUUGGGGCAAAGCAGCCUAUCCCAGUUAACCAUCAAGAAAGAGGGGGGACCUCAAGCUCUCCCAGAAGAGCCAACCCAAUAGCCAACAGAAGAACUGGAAGACUUCCUGCAGAAGAGACUCCGGCAGUAGUCGGCCAAAAGGGCGGUGACCCCAAUGGCUUCCUCUCUCCUACUCACCGGCUACCGGGCAUCAAGACCAACGAGCUUAUCUAG